AUGGCUGAAAACUUAAGGUGGCAUUUCACUCAUAAAAGUAUUGAUGGGAAGAUGCGACAUCCAGUGGAUACACCUGCUUGGGAUUCCAAUAAUGAAAGAUGGCCAGAGUUUAAUCUUGAACCACGCAACCUUAGGCUCGGACUAGCUGCUAAUGGAAUUAACCCCUAUAAAAGUCUAAGCUCCACUUAUAGUUGUUGGCCAGUGAUGCUUGUUAUCUAUAAUUUACCACCUUGGUUGUGCAUGAGGGACGAAAAUACAUUUUUGUCAUUAUUGAUUCCAGGUCGUAAACAACCUGGAAACGAUAUUGAUAUUUAUUUGGAGCCUCUUAUUGAAGACUUAAAUAAAUUGUGGAAUAAUGGAGUGCAUACUUAUGAUGCAUUCAACAAAAGCUUCUUCAAUUUGAAGGCAAUGUUUUUGUGGACAAUAAACGAUUUUCCUGCAUAUGGAAAUCUUGCUGGGUGUACAACCAAAGGCAAGACAGCUUGCCUGAUUUGUGGUAAUGAUACAUGUGCAACUAGGCUGAAACAUAGUAAAAAAAUUUCAUACCAAAAUACUAGGAGAUUUCUCCCGUUUGAUCAUCCAUAUCGGUCUAAGAAAGCAUGGUUCAAUGGAGCUACAGAAGAAAGAGGCCCCCCUAAAGUUUUGAGUGGCAGUGAAAUUGUUGAAGAACUAAAUCAAAUUGCCAACGAUUUUGGAAAAAAUAUGAAUCCCAAAAAAAGGAGUCGGGAUAAUAAGGUGGAAGGAAUGUGGAAGAAGAAAUCUAUAUUUUUCAAUCUACCAUAUUGGAAGGUUUUGUUAGUUCGUCAUAAUUUGGAUGUUAUGCAUUUAGAAAAAAAUGUGUGUGAUAGUAUUAUUAGCACAUUGUUGGACUUGAAUGGAAAAUCCAAAGAUCAUCUUAAUGCUCGAUUGGAUUUAAAGGAUUUGGGUAUCAAGAAGGCCUUGCAUUCGGUGGAGAAAGAUGGGAUUAUACGACUUCCAGCAGCAUCUUACACACUUUCUAGAUCAGAGAAGAAAAUGUUUUGCCAAAGGUUAUUUGAUUUAAAGUUAACUGAUGGUUAUAGCUCAAACAUUAGUAACUGUGUAGUAGUUGAGGAACGUAAGUUGAUGGGGCUUAAGUCUCAUGAUUUCCAUGUCUUAAUGCAACAAUUGUUGGUAGUGGCCAUUCGAGGAUUGAUGGAGGAUGGUCCAAGAGAGGCAACUAUAAGACUUAGCAAAUUUUUUAAUAGAAUAUGCCAACAUGUGGUUGACGUAAAAGAAAUCAUAGAAUUGGAAGCAGAAGUAGUUGAAACAAUUUGUAUGUUUGAAAGAUAUUUUCCUCCUUCAUUCUUUGACCCUAUGGUACAUUUAGUUGUUCACCUUGGACGAGAAGUGUUAUUAUGUGGUCCUAUUCAAUUUCGAUGGAUGUAUCACUUUGAAAGAUAUAUGAAGUUACUUAAAGGGUAUGUGAUGCAACCUACACAUCCCGAAGCAUCUAUUGCUGAACGUUACAUUGCAGAUGAGUCAAUGCGCUUUUGUGCAUCAUUUUUGAAACAAUCUAAUGACGAAGGUUCCUUCAUUGGACGUAAUGAAUAUAAUGAUAGUGAUGUGAUACUUGAAGGUCGUCCACUUCAUCGUGGUGUAACUGUUACACUAAAUGAUAAGGAUCUAGCUAGUGCACAUCGCUAUGUAUUAUUCAAUUUAGCUGUCACAGAGCAAUAUUUAGAAUUAGCACAUGGUCCUCGUAAAGCAAUCAUAUCCUAUAAGGGAUAUGUUAUUAAUGGGCAGCGAUUUCAUACUAAGGAUGCAGGGAGAACGACACAAAAUAGUGGUGUUUAUAUGGAAGCAACAACAAUGUGUAGAUCUAGUGCUAAAGAUGAUGCACAAUUGGCUGAUGUUGUAGGAUAUUAUGGGUUAAUUAAUCAGAUUAUACUCUUGGACUAUUACAGUUUUCAUAUCCCUUUAUUUAGGUGCAAUUGGACACAUGUUGGCAAGGGUGUAAAGAAGGUUGAUUGGUAUACUCUUGUAAACCUACACCAAGGACAAAAAGAGUUUGUUAGAGAACCAUUUAUACUUGCUUCACAAGCUAAACAGACAUUUUACGCAAGGGAGAAUGAAAAUUCAAAUUGUUAUAUUGUGUUAAAGGCUCCACCAAGAGGACACUACGAAUCAGAAAUAUAUGAUGACCAACAUGAUGAGAAUCCGAUUGCUCAAAGUUAA